AAGCAAAGGGAAUAGAUUAGCAACUGUAGCAGCCACGUGAAAGGUCGUUUUGUCUAUUCAGAAAUAAAAUCAAUCAGUGAAUAUAUUAUUUAGUGGAGCAUCAAAGCAUCGAAAUAAAACCCAUAGAUAUUCAUCCAUAAUUCCAUAUCAUACACUAAAUUAACAAAUAAAGAUGAAGAACAAAAUCGGCAUGAGAAUUAUUUCUCAGUUCAUCAUCAGUUCCUUUCUAGUGUUCUCAAGCUUGAUAUCACAAUCCUCGUCUAUCUCCAGCAACCAUGAUGUUCUUUUUAAAGAUAAGAAGUCCCUAUGCCAUGGACAACAACUGCUUUCAGAUAAAACAAGUGUUAAAUGUGACAAAGCAGAUAUCGAUUGGGAAAAUUACGCAAUUCAUUUCUAUCGGAGACAGGGUCACGGCAGGGGAGCUGCCGGCGGUGGAGCAGAUCUAAGGCGUCAGCCUGUUACACAUAAAAACCAUGCACCAUGGCUUCUCCACCCUUGUUUAGUCACUACAUCCUCCUUUGCUUUUGUCACCUUUGCCUUGCUAUUUCUCCGCCCUUAAUUUAUUGCUAGCAAAAAGUAAACGUUUGCAGUAGCACCAGGAACAUUUUACCUUGUGAAUGUGAUUAUGUUAUGCUAAAAAUCAUGGGCAGUUUCUAUGAACUCAUCUUACUCAUGUACUCAUCAAACCUAAGGGCAAAGGUAAGGGAACUUUUGUAAGCAUUAGCAGAUGGUUACCUCUUUAAUUAAAUAAGAUAGAUGUUCUCUUGUUUUACAA